AUGUCCAUCUUACCGCAACACCACCACCUCCAACAUGCUGCUGCUACAACCGGUCACCAUCACCACCACCGCAACCGCCGUGUCUAUUGCACGGCAACACCACCAAACACUAGGCCUAAACUCCAAAAACUCGUCGCCAACACAACGCCGGUCAUUACUCAACCCAAACUCGAUGUCGACCCAAGCCUCAAAUCGACUUGGCUUCAUCGCGCAUGGUUGGCCACCGGAUCCACAACAGUAGUCCUGUCCUUAGCCAAUUCCAUCAUCGGAUCAAUCGACUCACACAUCUGGCUCGAACCCAUCUUAUCUGGAUUCGCCGGCUACUUGUUUUCAGAUCUUGCUACCGGUAUAUACCAUUGGGGCAUUGAUAAUUAUGGCGAUGCCUCAACUCCGUUAAUCGGUGCGCAAUGUGACAUGGCUCUGGGCCACCAUAAGUGGCCUUGGAAAAUUACUAAGCGUCAGGUUGCGAAUAACUUACAUCUGUUAGCAGGUGGUGUAACAUUUACAAUGCUACCGAUUAAUCUGAUCUACCAUCAUCAACCUGUGGUGAUGGGGUUUCUGGGGGUGGCUAGUGGGUGCGUCAUGUUUAGCCAGCAGUUCCAUGCUUGGGCUCAUGGAACAAAGAGCAAGCUGCCACCAAUAGUGGUGGCGCUACAAGACGCCGGAGUGUUGUUAUCCCCAUCACAUCACGUCGGUCACCACACGCCGCCGUAUAAAAAUUACUGCAUUGUGAGUGGGGUUUGGGAUAGGUUUUUGGAUAAGCAUAUGGUGUAUGAGGCUCUGGAAAUGGCGGUGUUCCACAAGUUUGGUCUGCGACCACGGUCAUGGAGCGAACCAGACAACGAUUGCAUGGUGGAGGCGGAGGCUUCUCCGCCAUAA